AUGGAGGUAUUACAAGAUGCCGCGACACAAACUAGUAAUUCAAUAACGUUAUGUAUAAUUCAAGCAAAAUUUAUUACACUUUUUUCUUAUCCAUUACAAUUACUACCAGUAAUCUUAACAAUUAAUUUAUGGUUCGCUGUAGUGAGAUAUGAUGUUAAAAUUGAACAAAAAUAUUUUUGGUGGUUCACUGGAUUUAUUUGGGGAUGGACAAUUUUAUAUAAUGUUAUAAGUUUGAUACUUGAUAGUAGAGUAACAAAUUCAAACGUUAGCGCAACUGAAUUCUUUUGCGUACAAUCUUUUAAAAUGAUGUGGAUUUGGUAUUGUUAUUUAAUAUCAAUGAUUAUUCUAACCACUAUCUCACUAAUUAUUACAGUCCAUUCUGGCAUUGUAUUUUGGUCCCGUUGGCAAAAUUUUUCAAAUAGGCAGAGUAGAAAUACCGCUAUUAAGCUAGGACUAGCCGGUCGUUUAUUGGUUUUAAGUUCAGUAUUUUUACCAUGUUGUUACUAUGUACCACCAAACGUCCUACGUUCUCAAGAACAAUCAGGAAUAAGUCGUGAUGAAGUUAAUCCUUCAUUUCAACUUCAAAUAAUAGGGGAAGAUGGAAAUCAACUACAGCUUCCUUCAAGAUCUCCUAGGAGUCAUCUAGGAACAAAUGAUAUAGCUGAUAUGAACAUACUUAUACCUGACAGUCCUGGUGGUGGAUCAAGUUUUUUGACUAUUUCGAGUCAGAAUAUGACGUUAGAAGAUCUUCCACCUUUGCCUAGCUCUCCACCACCAUUACCCUCACCUACAAUACCUUUACAAACGAGAGAUGAUUUUAGAAUACAUGAAUUACAACGAGACGGCUAUUCAAAUUCUGGUCAAUUUAAUAUUGAUUGGUAUAAAAUUGAUGACUUUGAAGAUAAUAAAGAUGUAGUAAUUACUGAUUAA